UCGAAUUCCCUCACACUUGUUUUCAUCCGUGCUGGGGGAGAGGCGCUUCUCUUUCUCCGGUAUGACUGCUGUGUGGAGAGUCCUGCUGCUGUGGGUUUAUGUCUGCAUCUGGCUUCCAGGUCAGGCCCAAGGAGCGCUGGUCAUUUCCAGGAGAAAUGCUCUGACUCAGGAGACCACAGAGGCUAUGGGAACCAGGUCAAUAAAGAAAAGAAGCACAAACUCUGCAAAUGUGGACGUACACAGUUUCAGAGUCACCUGCACAGUGACGUCUCGUUUCGCCCACACCGUCAUGACCUCCAAGGCUCUGAACAAAGCAAACUCUUCCCAGGAAAUCUUCUUCGAAGUGGAGCUGCCCAAGACCGCCUUCAUCACCAACUUCAGCAUGGAAAUUGAAGGUCAGGUGUACCAUGGGGAGGUGAAGGAGAAAGAGAAAGCUAAGAAAGAGUACGAGAAGGCCGUUUCCUCUGGACAGACUGCUGGACUGGUCAAGGCCUCUGGGAGAAAGAUGGAGAAGUUUUCAGUGUCUGUCAACAUCGCAGCCAAAAGUAACGUGACUUUCAUUCUGACCUACGAGGAGCUCCUUCAGAGGAAGCUGGGCCAGUAUGAGAUUUUAACCCGAGUUAAACCCAAACAACCUGUGCAGGAAUUUCAGAUUGUGGCAGACAUCUAUGAGCCUCAGGGCAUUGCUUUCAUUGAGGCUAAUGCAACUUUCCUCACCAACCAACUGCUCCCUCCGGUGGAGAAAACUGUAACAAACACACAGGCACACAUCUCUUUCUCACCAACGCUGGAGCAGCAGAGGAAGUGUCCAGGUUGUGAAGGCACCACAAUUGAUGGAGAUUUCAUCAUCAAGUACGACGUGAAACGAGAAGAGGGCCCAGGGGAAAUUCAGAUUGUGAAUGGAUACUUUGUGCACUUCUUUGCUCCCCCUGAUCUGCCCAGAGUCCCAAAGAAUGUGGUGUUUGUGAUCGACAGGAGUGGAUCAAUGAGUGGAAGAAAGAUUGUACAGACUCGGGACGCAUUGGUUGCCAUUCUGAAAGACCUUCAUGAGGAGGACCACUUUGCUUUCAUCCUGUUUGAUUCCGACAUCGUCACCUGGAAGGACUUUCUUACCAAAGCAACCAAGAAAAACGUGGCCGAAGCAAUUACUUACAUCAAGCAACUAAGAGACAAGGGAGCCACAGACAUCAAUGGUGCUGUACUGAAGGCAGUGAGCAUACUGGUGAGUGAAAGAGAAGAUGGGAAGCUUCCAGAGAGGAGUGUGGAUAUGAUUAUUUUACUGACUGAUGGGAUGCCAAACCACGGGGAGUCUGACCUCCCAACAAUCCAGCAGAAUGUGCAUUCUGCUAUCAGGGGAAAGAUGUCUAUGUUCUGCCUCGGAUUUGGAAAUGAUGUGGAUUACUCCUUCCUGGAUGUGAUGUGCAGACAAAACAAGGGACUGGCUCGCAGAAUAUAUGAAGCUUCAGAUGCAGCGCUUCAACUCAAGGGUUUCUAUAAUGAAGUGUCCAGCCCUCUGCUCUUGGACGUGGACCUGCGUUAUCCUGACAAUACAGUGGACUUCUUGACCACCAACCACUUCAGUCAGUUGUUUGAUGGCUCAGAGAUCGUGGUGGCUGGUCAGCUGAUCAGCAAGGAUGUGGAUAACUUCUUGGUGGAAGUGUUUGCCCAUGGGCCUGACAAGGACUUCCAAGCACAGAGAAAGGUCAUUGCGGUAAACUGGGAGGUGAUUUACCCAGAACUGGAGUACAUCUUUGGGGAUUUUACUGAGCGUCUGUGGGCAUAUCUCACCAUCCAGCAGCUACUCGAGAGCAGUGACAUUGGUACUCAGCAAGAUAAAGACAUUGUAACAGCCAAGGCAAUGGACAUGUCCCUGCGGUACAGCUUCGUCACCCCUCUCACCUCAAUGGUGGUCAUUAAGCCUGAAACUGAGGGUGGAUCAGACACCCCUCUCAUUGCUGACAAGCUGACUGAGGACCAGCGACAAAAAGCAGAGAGACACCAUGCAAUUUCCCCAGCCAUUGCUGCCAGUUCCCAUAGCUUAUCAGAUGUGGAUGGAGAUCCUCACUUCAUGAUAGAGCUGCCAGAUAGAGAUGACGCUCUGUGCUUCAACAUCAACGACAAACCAGGAACCAUUUUCACUCUGGUCAGAGACCCAAAAUCAGGCUUUGUGGUGAAUGGCCAAAUUAUUGGCAAGAAGAAAGUUGUUCGGGAUGGUAACAUCAACACCUACUUUGGGCGUUUUGGUAUCAGCCACCAGAAGCUGGGAGUGAGGCUGGAAGUGAACACUCAGGACAUCUCAGUCUUCCACAAUGGCAAGCAGGUCAGGCUGCUGUGGUCUGAUACAGCCUCUAUCAAAGAAACCAAUAUGGACCUCAAGUUAACAAAGAACUGCAGCCUGACAGUGACAUUGAGGCACUCUGUUAAAUUUAUGAUCGUCAAACACACAAAGAUGUGGAAGAGACUCCACGAUCAACAAAACUACCUGGGUUUCUACACCCUGGACAGUCACCACUUGUCUGCUUCAGUCCAUGGUCUGCUAGGUCAGUUCUACCAUGGGGUUAAGUUUGAGGUGGCAGACUUGCGCCCAGGUGAAGUCCAGGAGAAAUUAGAUGCCACCAUGUAUGUGAAGGGACAAACACUCCAUGUGACCAGACACUGGCAGAAGGACUUCAGCAGGAACGUGGAGAAUGGGGAAAACAUUGCCUGCUGGUUUGUUGACAAUGAUGGAACAGGCCUGAUUGAUGGAAGAGCCUCAGACUACAUUGUGUCAGGGCUUUUUAAGACUAUUUGAAUCUUGAAAACUGAAUAUCUCAGUGUCAUUGCACUGGGGCCGCAGGGUACAUCACUGUGGUGGAAGUGUUGUGUGGUGAGAGAUGGCAGAUUGUCCUGAGUCACAGUGUGACGCCAUUCAAAAAUGACACACAUGCAGAAACAAAUAUUAUAAAAAUGAGCGGGUUAAUGACAUUUAUAUCUGAAGAUAAUCCAAAUUACACUUUAUGAUUUUAGCCGGUUCCAAGGAACAUGUCCUCUUCAGAUAACUGUACAGUUAUGUCACAGCAGCAUAAUCACCACUUAACUUUAAAACUCAUAGCUGGACAUAUAUAUAUAUAGCUGAAUAGUAUCAGUGAGAUAACUCUGUGAUAACAGUGACUGUGUGCAAUUUGUGAAGGUUAGAAUGCAAAGUAAAGUGUGUUUUAUUCAGUUUGAAAAGAUUUACUAAUAACAUAUGUAAUAUAAUCUGUAAAGCUUUCAAAUAUUAGGCUGACAUAGUACCUCACAAACCAAAUAAAAAAGUUUUGUUUCAGAAUGAUGAAAAUGAAAUCAGAGAAGAGAUUCAUCAGGCAGGGUGUGGAGUAUUUAGCUUGCUUGAGGCCCUCUGGCUGGUAACUAAGAGAAGCAGCUUGUCAAGCGAGGGAACACACAGUCCUGCCUCUCUUUCUGGAUACCAGUACCAGCCUCUCUCUCAGACAUUAUGGAAGUUGCCCGGUGUUUUUUCUCUGAGCUUUGGAGCAGCAGAGGGAGAACAUCUUGCUGGUGAGGUUGUUGUCACUGCUGGGAUGUUGGAGAGACCCAAGCACUUAAUUUUCUCAACAUCGUUAUCACUAUUAACUGGAACAGUGUGAGAGAUGGCACCCUGAGGGGAUGGAGCAUAUGAUUGUCAGAUAAUACUAAUGUACGUUUACACUAGCAAGUUCUAAAUGCUGUACUUUAAAUAAAACGGAAAUGUA